AUCAGUCAAAUUUUGGCAGCUGCCAGAAAAAUUCUGCGAGAACGAAUUAACGAGCGAUAUUUUCUCGACCAGAAAAACUAACUGUUCGUGUGUACAUGCAGCUUACGAGAAACAUAGAUGUCUAUGAUAUGCCAUAAACAAACAAGUAUAAACACGCAGGAUUAGUAUGUUAAGAAGAAAUCUUGUCAAGAUGGAGUAGAAUACUCGUCUGUUCCUGUGAGGUCAAUCUUGUCUAUUGAUAUAUACAAAUAUAAAAAGCUAUAUUUUGUUUGUCUUUGCCAAGUGUUUUAAGAUGCACCAAAUCUGCUGACGCGGACGUGAGAAUAUAACAUUACUAGUGGAAAGCUCACAAAGUUCCGACAGGUGAAAAAGAAACAUUAGGAGCGAGUUUACAACGCCAACGGCGAAAAAUGAUCUUUUGGCUCACUUUCAUCGCUUUAUGUCUUGGAAAACACUUUGGGAACGCUAAAGGGAACGCUAUGAAUGAUAUAACUGUCAACAUAUCAAUUGACAACCGUGGUCUUGUGGUGACUGACACUGGUGAAGAGCACAAUGUUAGUAACGAAUGGCGACAACCUGAGCAUUUCAUCUUGCCAGGCGACAUACAAUUUGUGACGAUAAAAGCUCGGAAUGAUCCAGGAGGUCCUGGGGGAAUUCUCGCCUCCUUCAGCAAUAACGUCACCACGGAUGCUUCAUGGGAAUGUGCGGAUAUGAAAAGUUGCCAGACCUCUUGUGGUAAUGUGAGAUCUGAACCAGCGUGGAAGCAAGCCGUGACUUAUGGCCAAAAUGACAAUUCGUCCACGAUAUGGUAUAGGGCCAACAGAGGUAAAUUAGACGGGAUUGAAUCAAAGGCAUACUGGAUAUGGGUACAGAACUGGACGGCGACAGAUGUAUGGUGCAGAAAGACGUUUGAAACUCGCUUGAAAAUUCCAAUUCGGAUGCCAAUAUCCCCGCACGUUAAAGGCGGGAAAGCUUGCGAACCCAUGUAUGCAAUUCGUAUGGAGAAUUACAAGCUCGAGGGCUCCGUUUUUUAUGAAUUUCACGCCAAACAUGUUGGGGAUUGCGGCAUGAAGUGCUUUGCAAAUCAUCAAUGUUUGUCGUUCAAUUACAUCUCCUCUUCAAAGAUUUGUGAACUCAAUGAUUCAGCUGAACAGUUGGGCUCAGACAAAGUGAAACCAGCUCCUGGGGUUACGUAUUUUUUACCGAAAUAAUUCAUAAACAUGCAGACACACCUAGCCUCUUAAACGAGUGUCUCUUAAAGUGGACAAAAUAGUUAAGUCAUACA